AUGAGUCCCGGUGCCUGCUGGCUUUGCAAUUUGUUCAGAGAUGGCACAAAUGGAAACACUUCAAAAGUAAGUCUGGAGGAAGUGUUGCAGUGGUCUCAGUCUUUUGAAAAGCUAAUGACUACUAAACAUGGGCCUAUCGUCUAUAAAACCUACCUGAAGACAGAAUACAGCGAUGAGAACAUUGAAUUCUGGUUUGCAUGUGAAAUGUAUAAGAAGAUUGCAUCACAAAGGAAAAGAAUUUCAGUGGCACAGAAACUUUUCAAGAAAUAUAUCCAGCCUCAGGCUCCAAGGGAGAUUAACAUUGAUAGUCCAGCAAGAGAAUAUAUUAUCGCAAACAUUCAAGAACCAACUCGAUCCUGUUUCGAUGAAGCCCAGAAAAUUGUUUACAUGCAUAUGGAAAGGGAUUCGUACCCCAGGUUUCUUGGAUCAGAAAUUUAUCAAAACCUACUCCUUACUCUUUCAACCAGGAGGAAACCAUUAGUGUCUAUGAAAGAGAGAGAAUGAGUACUUGGAAUCAUUUUCAACAUCUAUUUUUGAGCCUUUUCAAAGAUAAGAAAAAGUCAAGACACUAGAGAGGAACCCACAUGCACACACAGAGAGAGAUGACUUUAUGUCGAUGUGAUGAAUCUUUUCAUGUUUUAACUUAGCAGAGGAAUGAUGAUACUGAACUGAAGCAUACAAAUCAAACACAAAAUGCAGGCUCACUUUUAUUUUUUUAUUUUUUUUGGACACUGGAAUCAUCACAGACUCAGUGACUGAUCUGGUUGAGUCAACACAUUCUCUUACCUUUUUAGAUCUGACUGAAGGUCUCACACUUGAGAGAACAAGCCAACAAGUUUCACAUUGGUAUUGAACCUGGAGUAGCUGCUGCCCCAAAGCUAAAAUUGGGGAGGGGGCAGCAGACGAGUCCCAGUUUACUUACCUUUUGUGAUGGCCUCCCAUGUGCCUACAGAUUUAGAAGACUGUUGGGGGAAGGACUUAAAUCUGGGGAGUCAGGAAAUGGUUGUGGAUUUCAUUAAAGUCCCCCUCUACCUAUUCCCCCAUAUUCUGAGCAGUGUUCUAUCUACUGACAUAUAUUUCUAACCGGGGAAGCAGAGGUGUCUGAUUGACACCAGAAAAGGAGUACCUGUGAGCUCCUCUGCCUUAUUGGAUGCACAACGGCUUUCCAACCUUGUUGCCAUUCCCUUCUCAGGAAUAGCUAAAAGGUAUAGUAUCAAGCAAACCAGAGCUUGGAAAAGUUACUUUUUUGAACUACAACUCCCAUCAGCCCAAUCCAGUGGCCAUGCUGCCUGAGGCUGAUGAGAGUUGUAGUUCAAAAAAGUAACUUUUCCAAGCUGUGAAGCAAACUGCCAUGAAAGAGCCUCUGAAUGUGCCAUGGGGAAGAAUGAAUACCCUAGAAACAAAGAAAAUGUUUUCUCAAAGAGAAUGGGUGUAUAAGGAACAACAAAAGGUCAUGCUAACGUAGGUAACACUUUCACUUGGCUAUGGAUGGGCAAUCAUAUAUAACAGGGCAAGAAUCUUAGAGUUGCAAGGAAUCUUAAGCAAGCUCUGGCAAGGCAUUGCUACAGUUGCUGCCAGGGGCAUAAAAAAAACACCUUCCUCUUUUACAUGGGGAAGAAUCCCUCCUGCAUUUCAGGUAUAUCUAGGGGCACAAUCUGGAGCAUGAAUGGGAAACCUGUGGACCUUGAGAUGUUGUUGGACUUCAGCUCCCUUCAUCCCUUUGCCAUUGGCCAGUGGCCAUGCAGGCUGGGAGUUGAUGGGAGUUUGAGUCCAACAACAUCUGGAGGGUCACAGGUUCCCCAAACCUGGUCUAGGGAGUGAAGAGUCACCAAUUAGAGAAAGACGUCAAAGUUAUACAUACACAAAUCUGAAUAGUCUUUUCAAGUGUUAUGUCUCAUACAGUUGCAUCAUGUGAGGUGGGGGGAGCAGGUCCAUACCUGCAGGCUCUACCCCUGCUGUUGUGUCCUCUGCUGCCUUUGCAGCUCUCCAGUGUCCAUGGGGGAAGGUCUGAAGAGCAGGGCCUGCUCUACAAUUGCAGCUUCCCAACCAGAUUCCCCUGCUCGAGCACGGUUCUAAAUCACAUGGAGAAGCCUAUGUGGGUAGGACAGGCUCCUCCCCUUCAUGCGAUGAAUGGGUGACAGGGGUGGAGCCAUAAGGGGGCAUGGCUACAAGGAUGGGGCUGGCAAUAUUGUCCCCCUCAUGCAAUUAUAACGUCACGGGGCAUAAUACCUGGACAGGCCUUAUGAGUCUAUGUUUUGGUUCGCAAAAAAGAGAACCAAUCAGAACCCUUCAUAGCCAACUUUUCUUCCUCGGUUCAAACUGUUGCAUGCUACAGACUUGCAGAGCUACUUUUUCAAAGCUCACCCCAAGAAAGGAAAAGAUGCAUUUGCACUAAAUGCAGUAGGGGGUGUUCAUACACGAGCCCUACUGCUUUAAAUACAUUUUGUGCGGCUUAGCCCUAAGACAAACCACAUUACAGGAGUCAGCUAAAGAAGUGGCCCAAAUGAAUACACGGAGACACCCAUUCAACAGCGAGUUUGAGGGUGAGAUGGGCUUUAUCACUGUUAAUUUGAGCCACUGUACGAUUUGUAUCUAAUUUUGAAUUUAUAAGGCAGGCUAAAAAGGAAAGCAGUUCAUUAAACCUUAGCCAGAGGAGGGAAGCAAGCUUGCUUAAUGAGUCAGAAUAGCAGUCACUUAACGUAUCUGAUUAGCCAGGCGCAGCACAGAGGAACAUGAGCCUAAAUUAAUUCUGAGACAGACAGGUCUGUUUCCACUCUGCUUGAUGCUAAUUAGUAUUGUGGAAAUCCUGGCAUUUUCCCUCUGCCCAUGACGCUAAUUACUGUACUAGGACAAGGAUUUUCCUCUUGCCAAUUAAAUUUUAUUUUGUUGGAUUCAUCUCCUCUUUAUGGCUAUGAAAUUGUGUUAUUUGUGGCUCGGUGUGUGUACGGGGGGGUGCCUCCUGUCUAUAUUUGAUGGCAAUGAAAUUAUGUAAUUGAUUUUCAUUUGUGGAAUGAGAAAGAGCAUGAGGAAGGAAGGAAA